AAUGCGUUAUCCUAUGACAAAUAAACACUCAUCUCCAUCAGGAUCGCCAAGGAAGAGAUUAUUUUCAGCAAAGAGAGUGGGAAGUAAGGAACAACAAUAACAGAAAUGCAAAGCUACUGCUUCUAUAAAAACUGGAUCAUCAAUAGAAACAUUAAAGGAAGUAUUAUUGAAAUAGACACAAUUAAGUAAUAAGCAUACAAACAACUUGAAUUAUUUUGUUCAUAAUAAUAAAAGAGAGAGUUAAAAUAAAUUGGAUACAAAGACAAGUGAUUCAACAGAGAGAGUAAAUAUACGAUAAGGUACAUUGUCUAAAGAAAAAACAACAAUUUCAGAAUUAACAACAAAAAAAACUAGUAUAACUAGAAGUGAAUUUGAAUGGAAUAAAUGUUAAUUACCCAUUACACCUUAAGUUUGUUUGACAAAAUAUGGUUAUGCAUUGACAGAAUUUGAAAAGACUGAGAUUCUGACAUUUAAGAGAGUAUAAUUUGUUAUGUAUGAUUAGAUUUAUUGUAUAGGAAUAAAUGCAAAGAAAAUAUCAUAAACAUAAAAUAAUUACAAUGAUGGAUUUGACAAUGCCUAAGGAGAAUAUUUAUAUACAUUACAUGAUCAUAUUGGUUAUAGAUAUGAAUUGUUGGAACAUGUAGGAUCUGGUAGUUUUGGAUAAGCAUUCAAAGUUUUUGAUCAUAAGAGACAAUAAGUUCUAUGUUUAAAAGUCAUUAGAAAUCAAAAGAAAUUCUAGAAUUAGGCUUUGGUUGAAUUAAAUAUCUUAUCCUUCAUAAGAGACAAAGAUGAAGAGAAUAUUACAAAUAUUGUUAAAAUUAAAGACUUUGUUAUAUUCAGAAAUCAUGUAGUAAGAACUCACAAUUUUAUAUUCAUAGUGUAUUAUAUGUGAAUUAUUGUCACUUAAUCUAUACGAGCUGAUCAAAAACAAUAACUACCAAGGCUUAUCAUUAGAACUUAUACGUAGAUUUGCCAUUUAAAUACUUAAUGCCCUUAACUUUUUGUACAAACAUAAGAUUAUUCAUUGUGAUCUUAAACCAGAAAAUAUAUUAUUAAAAUAACCAAAUAAAAGUGGCAUUAAGAUAAUUGAUUUUGGGAGUAGUUGCUUUGAAAAUGAACGAAUAUAUAGUUACAUCUAAUCAAGAUAUUAUAGAGCUCCUGAAGUAAUUUUUGGGAUUCCAUAUGAAAUGGGUAUAGAUAUGUGGAGUUUUGGAUGUAUUAUGGCUGAAUUAUAUAUUGGUUAUCCUAUUUUUCCUGGUGAAAAUGAAUAAGAAUAAAUUGCUUAUAUAAUGGAGGUAAAAGGUAUCCCUGAUUAAUCAUUAAUUGAAGUAUAAUUACAUUUAAAUUAUUUUAUAGAAAGCAACUAGAAAGAAACAUUUUUUCUCAUCUAGUUCUCCUUAUCAACCUUUGCCUUAUAAAAAUAAGAGAGGAAAGAUUAGAGUUCCAAAAUCAAAAGAUUUAUAAUAAAUAUUGAAAUGUCAGGAUAAAUUAUUUAUUGAUUUUCUAGAUAAAUGUUUUAAUUGGGAUCCUUAAUAAAGAAUGAAACCUAUAGAUGCUUUGAUGCAUUAAUGGAUAUUGGAAGGAUUACCUAAAGAAAUAAGAACAUAACACAUAAAAUAUUUAGAAUCAGAAUAGAUGACAUAAAAGGUAUUCUUCAAAAAUAAUGAAACAAUUCGACAUCAUCAUAUAUCUGAACCUGAAAUGGAAAAAAAGAAAUCUAGUAGUAGUUAUAGUUAAAAGAAAUCAAAGGAUAAAGAUAUUACUCUCACAACUCUCUAUGGUAAUAUUAAUAAUGAUAUUACACCAUAAAACAAACGUAUUCUAUCAUAAUCAUUUCAUACUUCUAAAAAUGGAAGUAAUUAAAAGUAUUAAUAAUAUUUUCCUGGUACAACAAAAAAUUAACCAUUAAAAUACAAAUUUUAUUGA